AAACAUCCGGUUAAACGCUUGCGAAAUACAUCAAUUUUACUAAUAACAUUAAACGCUUGAAAAUGAUAUAAUACUACCCCGAAGAUGGAAUCACAGCUUGUUGAAGAAGUUGUAAACGUUGAAAAUGACGAAAAAUGUAAGGAAGUUGGCAAUAAAGAUGAAACGCCUACUUUCGAUUUCACAGAAAAAACAUGGAAAGACGAUUUUGUUCUUAUUGUUGAAAAUAAACGACUACACGUUGUAAAGGGUAUUUUAGCGUACGCAUCGCCGGUGUUCGAUACGAUGUUUCAAGCAGAAUUUAAGGAGAAAAACUCAACUGAGCUUGACCUGCUUGGGAAAAAAGUUGAAGAUAUUCAGCAAUUUCUGCGAUGUAUUUAUCCAUUUCCGGCCGAAAUAAGUUCUGAAAAUGUUAAUGCCGUUCUACCUUUGGCCGAAGAAUAUCAAGUAUUAAAUCUUAAAUCAAAGUGUGAGGCGUUUCUACUAAAGCAGGUCACUGGAACCAUAUCAUCUGAUGAUCUUUACAGAGUAUUAGAGCAGGCUAACCUUUAUAACAUGACCUGUCUAUUGCGAAAAUGCGUUGAUGUUGCUUCAUGUUUGAAAGUGGAAUCAUUCCACAGAGCAGAAAAAAACUUGAAAAUCAAACCGGAAGUGAAAUAUAUGAUCCUUGAUAGAAUGGUAUCUCGUCUUCAACCAAAGAAUUUUCUUGAAGUUUUGAAAAGAUACUAUGAGUCUUAUCUGGAACCACACCAGAUACCUGAAAUUACAGAUUAUAAGGAUUGGGAUGGAAACUUGCUGCAGGUUACGUCUUAUAUCAAUAAAUGGAAACCUUUUAAAAUAUGCAUGCAUGGUAUCGAAGCUAAUUGUGCCUUAUUUAUUGCAGACGCGACCUACGGUUCAAGCAUCUUUAAGGUAAAAAGCAGUACUACAGGAGCCGAAGUGAAGAAGAUCAAAAUUUUCGGGAGAAUCGUCUUAAAACCUGUCAGCUGCGAACAUAGUGAAAAGAGAAGCCAAAUUAACUUUGAAUGCAGCAGUGAACAAGCGGAGGUAGAUAUUAAAAUACCAGAUUUACGAUGUAGCAAGCAUUUCCCAAAAAGUGGUUUUGUCUACCAUGGUAAAGUAGAUGUAGAAUUACUAUUGUUGGCGAAGAAACUAGAUAUAACUGAAAAUUAAGUUUUGAGGCAUUUGCGGAGCAC